AUGGCCGAAGAGGGCACAGGGACGGACUCGGCGGCGCAGCUGUGGGUGGGCGGGAAGUACCAGCCCGGAAGGGGUGAGCUCAUCCCAAUCGAAGACCCAGCAACAGGCCAGGUCUUCGCCCACAGCCACUCCGCCACCGCCGAGGAUGUCGAAGCCACAGUCCAACAGGCCCACGCAGCCUUCAAAUCAGGCGCCUGGUCCCGCGCCCCGCGCCACCACCGCGCCGACGUCCUCGACAAGGCAGCGUCCCUCCUAACAGCCUCCCUGCCAGACCUGAUCGCCCUCGAGGUCCGCCAGACGGGGCGCGCAGCCCGCGAGAUGAACGCCCAGGUGCCCUCCCUCGUCCGCUGGUUCAGGUACUUCGCGUCCCUCCUGCGCACAGAAGAGCGCCCCGUCCUCCCGACCCAAGGCCAGCUCCACAACUGGGUCGACCGCGUCCCCCUCGGCGUAGUCGUGCAGAUCACCCCCUUCAACCACCCGCUCCUCAUCGCCGUGAAGAAGAUCGCCCCCGCCCUGGCGGCCGGCAACUCCGUCGUCGUCAAGCCCAGCGAGCUCACCCCGCUCACGACCCUCCGGCUGGGCGAGAUCCUGGCCGGCGCCGGCGUGCCGGAGGGUGUGUUCAGCGUGCUGCCCGGGUACGGCGCCUCCACGGGCGCGGCGCUGGCCGCGCACCCGCUCGUGCGCAAGGUCGACGUCACGGGCGGGACGGCCGCGGGGCGCGCGAUCGGCGCGCUCGCGGGGGGGAACCUGGCGCGGUUCACGGCCGAGCUGGGCGGGAAGGCGCCCCUUGUGAUAUUCAGGGAGGCGCACGUGGAUGCUGCGGUCAACGGGGCCGCGUUCGGCGCGUUCGUGGCCAGCGGGCAGACGUGCGUCGCUGCUACGAGGAUCAUCGUCGAGAAUUCCGUGCUGGAUGAGGUGCUUGAGAAACUUGCUGCCAAGGCCGAGUCUAUCGCCCGCGGGAUGGGGUCGCCCGCGAACCCGGCCUCGACGAUGGGGCCGUUGAUCUCGAGGCGGCAGCUGGACAACGUCGAGGCGCUCGUCGACGAGGCUGUGGGCGGUGGGCACGCGAGGGCCGUCGUCGGCGGGGCGCGGAUGGCGGGGGCGAGCGGGCUGGACGGGACGGACUUGUCUCGGGGGUACUUCUACCCGCCCACCGUCCUGACCUCUACCUCUACCUCCGACCCCAAGAGCAUCCUGCGGGCCCGCAUCUGGCGCGAGGAGGCGUUCGGCCCCGUCGUGGUGGUGGCCGGCUUCGACACCGAGGCCGAGGCCGUGUCCCUCGCCAACGACAGCGAGUUCGGGCUGGGCGCGGCCGUGUGGACGCGGGACCUGUCGCGGGCGCACCGGGUCGCCGGGAUGAUCGAGGCGGGGAUCGUGUGGGUUAACACGCACCACCGGAAUGAUCCUAGUAGUCCGUGGGGCGGGAUCACGAGUGCCAGCGGGGUGGGGAGCGAGAACGGGGUUGAUGCGUAUCGGGCGUACACGGCUAUGAGGAGUACUAUUGUCAACUAUGCGUCGCCCGAGGAGAGCCUGGCUGAGGAUGAUUGGUUCCGGGAGGGUGGUGGGAGUGUGAGGUAUGGUUGA